UUGUUUUUUACUCUUUUCUUAAACAUUGCAGGAGAUUCUGAAAAAAUUCAGCACCAUCGGGUGGCAGAAUUGCAACGAUUGCGAUCCAUCUUUGCAACAAGUGAAAGGCAAUGGGUAGAAGCCCAGGUUGAGAAUGCUAAGCAGCAAGCUAUUCUCUUGAUGCUCAAGUCUCAAAUUUCAUCUGAUGAAGCUCACAUUCAUCAGGAUAUUCAAUCUCUUAGGAGAAAGCAUUCUGAAUUGGCUGCUGAACUUUCCAGUUUGCAUCGCAAGGAGCAAAAAUUCCUUUCUGAGACUAUUCCCCGUCUAUGUUCAGAGCUUGCUCAACUUCAAGAUACUUACAUUUUACAGGGGGAUUAUGAUUUAAAAGUAAUGCGACAAGAGUGCUACAUAAAUCGGCAGAAAAUGUACAUUAAUCAUCUGGUUAAUCAACUUGCUAGACACCGUUUCCUGAAAAUAGCAUGUCAAAUAGAAAAGAAAGCCAUGCUUGGUGCAUAUUCUUUGGUUAGAGUGAUUGACUCAGAAUUGCAAAACUACCUAUCUGCAGCCAAUAGCCGCUUGGGCCAUUGUCGGUCUUUAAUUCAAGCAGCCUCAGAAGUACGAGAGCAAGGCGCAGUUGAUGAUCGUGACACUUUCCUCCAUGGUGUCCGUGAUCUUCUCAGCAUUUACUCGAAUUCUCCAGCUUCAUUGCCAACUUAUGUGUCAGCCCAUGGAAUUAUUCAGCAGAUUUCAGCUGUAAGAUCUGAUUUGCGUUCUCUCCAGUUAGAACUUGAGAAUUCUCUCCCUGAAGACCGGAGAAGAUGCAUUAAUGAACUGUGCAGUCUUAUUCAAGUUUUGGAGCAGCUUUUAUUUGCAUCAUCAACAACUGCAGAGCCAUUAUUAACUCCUCGGCCUUUAAUGCGAGAACUGGAAGAAAUGGACAAGGUGAACUCUCAUCUCUCUGUUUCUGUUGAAGAAGUAACAGAGGCACACCGACAGAAAGCUGAGAUUGUGAAGCAUCAUCCACAUGAGGUGGGAUGGGAAAGACAGGUAUUUGUUGAUUUCUUCUGCAAUCCUGAUCGACUCAGAAAUCGUGUAAAGGAACUCACGGCCCGAGCUAAAGUUCUGCAAAAAUAAUUUUAACAUAUCCAUUUAAAUUACUGUAAUAUUUUCCAUUGUUGAAUUUAUGUAUUAUUUCACCUUUGUUUAUGCAGUUUAUGAAUUAUUGUGACAAAAUCUUGUGAAGUUUAGAACCUUAUUGCUAAUGUACUUUUUAUUUGGAUCUUAUGGAAUUGAGGCAAGGAAAUUAAGGUGAUUUUUGCUA